AUGGCUCGCAAUAGCAUUGAACUGGAGACCCUUUUGGUUGAUCCGCGACAUGACCCAGAAGACCUUAAUAAUAAUGAUAAUAAUAAUGAUGAUAUCCUUACAUCACAUCCACCUCUAAACUUAACUCGACCACCCUUACACAAGUUUCUUGCUGUAUGCUGUGGCUUUGUGGUUUUCGGUAUGGCUGAUGCGUCACUAGGACCACUGAUAGUGCCUCUUGAGCACCACUAUUCAGCCUCACACUCUCGCGUAGCUUUAGCAUUUCUAUUUGCAUUUGCUGGGUACCUGAUAUCUGCUCUUUGCAGUGAUGCAAUGCACCGGAGGGUAGGUCGGCGUGGGGCUUCUGUGAUUGGUGUGGCAUGUCAGUUUAUUUGUUUUUCCGGGGCUUCAUGUGCACCGCCAUCACUAUGGUGGUUAAUUUUAUGUUAUGCUAUUACUGGGAUAGGCAAUGGAUUAUUAGAAGCAUCUUGGAACACGUGGGCUGGAGGGUUUGGGAAUGCAAAUGAAGUUUUAGGGUGGUUACAUGCAUCUUAUGGAUUUGGAGGGAUUCUUUCGCCUACUAUUGAGACGUGGAUGAUGGGCCAUGGGUUUCAAUGGAAUGAGCCGUAUUAUGUGUUGACAGCUGCUGCGUUUAGUUCUCUGGUUAAUGUUGCUAUUGCAUUUCGUGAUGAGACUAGUCAGGAAUAUGUCAGGUUUAUUCAAGAGGAGGAGAAAGAAGAUAAGAUUGAUGAGAUUGAUGAGAUUGAUGAGAUUGAUGAAAUUGAUGAAAUUGAAUCUGAGAUCAGACCAAUAGUACAGAGAAAUGCACUUGUUAGGUCUUUACAAAGUGGGCUUGUGUGGCUUGCUGCAGCUGUAUUGUUUGCAUAUGUAGGAGCAGAGGUUUCACUUGGUGGAUGGGUGACGUUAUAUUUCAUUGAGAAUCGUGGAGGUGGAGGUGGUGGUGGUGGUGGUGGUGGAGAUUCUUCUUCUUCUACUACUGGUUCCAUGGGGUAUGUUGCUACUGGAUUUUGGGCUGGAAUGACAGUUGGGCGAGUUUUAUUAGGGUAUGCCAAUCAUCAUUUUUUCCUUGGAUUUGAGUCUAUUGCUCAGACUAUAUAUUUGAUAUUUUCACUUUUAUUUCUUAUACUUUUCACGGUGGUUAGCAAGCCUCUUUUAUUAUCAGCUAUAUUUGUGGCAUUGGCUGGUGUAGCCAUGGGACCUUUAUAUCCAACAGCUGUUGUGGUAUUAAUGAAUAAAAUGCCUAGAGCAUUACAUGUUGCAGGAUUGGGAGUUUCUACUGCAUUUGGAGGAGUUGGAGCUGCAAUUGUUCCGUAUACUACGGGUGGGCUUGCUACAGCGGUCGGGUCGUGGGUGGUAGGACCGGUUGUUAUUAUGUUGAUGGUUGGAAUGCUUUUACUAUGGCUAGUUAUUUUAGUAAGAUACUGA